AUGGGUACACACAUGUCAGAACCUGUCUUACCCGAACCUACUGUCACAUUUAGACGCGGAACUACUGACGAUGUUAAAUUUGGCAAAUUGAUUAAACACGUGACUGAAGUACUUUCAACACUAACAUCAUACGGAAAUAUAAUACCUGGCGUUGGAAUUCCAGUAAAAGCGGGAAUAAUUACAUAUAAAGAGGGAUUGAAAUGGAUUUAUACAUUACAUAGUAAUCAAAGUGAAAUCAUAUCAACACUUAUUGAUGCAAAAAUUGAUAAAGCAUUGGCUGAAUUUGCGACAUCACAGAUAAAUGCAGAAAUAAAAUCGAUUGAGAAUCGUAUUAUUAGAAUGGAACAAGAAAAUAUCUCCAUCAGGGAGAGAGAGACCGCUGUUGAGCCUGCUUUACAUUCAUGCGAAAAAAUAUUGACAUUAUUUGGUGACGAAAAUUUUUGUUUUUGGAAAGUAGUGAUUUUAUCGUCAGAACUACUGAUAGGAUUUGUGGCCAUUUAUGCCGAUGUUAUUAAAAGGGCGUCAGAGUUACUGCCGUCCAAUGGAAGACAUCUAAAUUCUGAACUCAAUAGAAUUAUUGAAACGCUUGAAAAAUAUAAACGAGCGGUAAUUAUGGAAAGACUUAAAGAAGUUUAUAUAACGGCGCGCAUUCAUCCCGAUAUGUAUACCAUUCGUGGGGAUGGGAUUAAUAAUUUGGAAAUGUUGGAAGAUUUGCAUUCAAAACUCUCGCCGAACGGUAAAUUUAUUUGUUCUACUAUUAGUGAUAAAUGGAUCCCAUGGGAUGUAUAUUUCACGAGAGAUGCCAGUUGUGAAUAUAAAAGCUAUAGAAACAAUUUGCAAGAAGUUUAUGAAAAUAAAUUUAACGAUGUUGUCAACAGAUUAAAUAAUUUAAGAACAUUUUGUAAUGCUUAG